AAAAUAGAAAUGAAGGUACAUAUGCACACAAAAUUUUGCCUCAUUUGUUUGCUGACAUUUAUUUUCCAUCAUUGCAACCAUUGCCAUGAAGAACAUGACCAUGGCCCUGAGGAGCUUCACAGACAUCAUCGAGGAAUGACAGAAUUGGAGCCAAGCAAAUUUUCAGUGCUGGCUGCUGAAAAUGAAAAAAAAUACUAUAUUGAAAAACUUUUUGACCGCUAUGGUGAAAAUGGAAGAUUAUCUUUUUUUGGUCUGGAGAAACUUUUAACAAACUUGGGUCUUGGAGAGAUAAAAGUAGUUGAGAUUAAUCAUGAGGAUCUUGGCCACGAUCAUGUUUCUCACUUAGAUAUUUUGGCAGUUCAAGAGGGAAAGCAUUUUCACUCACAUAACCACCAGCAUUCCCAUAAUCAUUUAAAUUCAGAAAAUCAAACUGUGACCAGUGUAUCAACAAAAAGAAACCAUAAAUGUGAUCCAGAGAAAGAGACAGUUGAAGUAUCUGUAAAAGCUGAUGAUAAACAUACACAUGACCAUAAUCAUCGCCUACGUCAUCACCAUCGUUUGCAUCAUCGCCUUGAUCAUAACACAACUCACCAUGUUCAUAAUGAUUCCAUUACUCCCAGUGAGCGUGGGGAGCCUAGUCAUGAACCUUCAACAGAGACCAAUAAAACACAGGAACAAUCUGAUGUUAAGCUACCGAAAGGAAAGAGGAAGAAAAAAGGGAAGAAAAGUAAUGAAAAUUCUGAGGUUAUUACACCAGGUUUUCCCCCUAACCAUGAUCAGGGUGAACAGUAUGAGCAUAAUCGGGUCCACAAACCUGAUCGUGUACAUAACCCAGGUCAUUCUCAUGUACAUCUUCCAGAACAUAAUGGUCAUGAUCCUGGUCAUGGACACCAAGAUCUUGAUCCUGAUAAUGAUGGUGAACUUCGACAUACUAGAAAGAGAGAAGCACCACAUGUUAAAAAAAGUGCAAUUUAUUCAGCUGCUAGUCACAAAGAUCAUAAUGAAGAUGACCGUCAACAUGAAUGUUUGAACGUCACUCAGUUAUUAAAAUACUAUGGUCAUGGUGCCAACACUCCCAUCUCAAUUGAUCUGUUUACGUACCUUUGCCCUGCACUGUUAUAUCAGAUCGACAGCAGACUUUGUAUUGAGCAUUUUGACAAACUUAUAGUUGAAGACUUGAGUAAAGAUAAAAAUACGGGUUCUGAAGAUAAGGCAGAUAUAAGGGCAUCAGCAUGGAUUUGUGGAAUCAUUUCUAUCACUGUCAUUAGCCUGCUCUCCUUGCUAGGCGUGAUCUUGGUUCCCAUCAUUAACCAAGGAUGCUUCAAAUUCCUUCUCACAUUCCUUGUUGCACUCGCUGUAGGAACGAUGAGUGGAGAUGCUCUUCUUCAUCUCCUGCCCCAUUCUCAGGGUGGACAUGAUCACAGUCAUCAGCAUGCACAUGGGCAUGGACAUUCUCAUGGACAUGAAUCUAAGAAGUUUUUGGAAGAAUACGAUGCUGUUUUGAAAGGACUUGUCGCUCUAGGAGGCAUUUAUUUGCUAUUUAUCAUUGAACACUGUAUUAGAAUGUUUAAGCACUACAAACAACAAAGAGGAAAACAGAAAUGGUUUAUGAAGCAGAGCACAGAAGAAUCAACUAUUGGAAGAAAGCUGUCAGAUCAUAAGUUAAACAAUACACCAGAUGCUGACUGGCUUCAACUCAAGCCUCUUGCCGGAACUGAUGACUCGGUUAUUUCUGAAGAUCGACUUAAUGAAACUGAACUGACAGAUUUAGAAGGCCAACAAGAAUCCCCUCCUAAAAAUUACCUUUGUAUAGAAGAGGAGAAAAUCAUGGACCAUUCUCACACUGAUGGAUUACAUACCAUCCAUGAACACGAUCUCAACGCUGCCGCACAUAACCACCAUGAUGAGAAUAAAACUGUGCUGAGGAAACACAAUCAUCAGUGGCACCACAAACAUUCUCAUCAUUCACACGGUCCCUGUCAUUCCGGAUCAGAUCUGAAAGAAACAGGAAUAGCUAACAUAGCUUGGAUGGUAAUCAUGGGGGAUGGCAUCCACAACUUCAGUGAUGGGCUAGCAAUUGGAGCAGCUUUCAGUGCUGGGUUGACAGGAGGAAUCAGUACUUCUAUAGCUGUCUUCUGUCAUGAACUGCCACAUGAAUUAGGUGAUUUUGCAGUUCUCCUUAAGGCAGGCAUGACUGUGAAGCAAGCCAUUGUGUACAACCUCCUCUCUGCCAUGAUGGCUUACAUAGGCAUGCUCAUCGGCACAGCUGUCGGUCAGUAUGCCAACAACAUCACACUCUGGAUCUUUGCGAUUACUGCAGGCAUGUUCCUCUAUGUAGCUUUGGUGGAUAUGCUUCCAGAAAUGCUGCAUGGUGAUGGUGACAAUGAAGAACAUGGCUUUUGUCCAGUGGGGCAGUUCGUUCUUCAGAAUUUAGGAUUGCUAUUUGGAUUUGCCAUCAUGCUGGUGAUUGCCUUGUAUGAAGACAAAAUUGUGUUUGACAUCCAGUUUUGACCAUUCCUAGUCAUCGCUGCUGAUUGCGAGAACGUUACCAUGCAGCUUCGCAUCUGCUCCUUGUACUGUAUGCACAUUGCUCAAAGAAAAGUCAGUGGCUUGCGCUGCUUACAAGUUCCAUAGAUUUGAGCCUAACCACAAAAGACUGGUGCUCAGUACUGUUUUCCCUGCAUGAAAGGGUCUUUUAAAAUUAUAAAACUUGUGAUAAAGGGAGGAGAAGAUGGGACUCCUUGAACUAAUGUUGAUAUAGGUUUGAUUAAGACUUUAAAAAAAAUAAUCAUAUAAAACACUAAAGUAGUCUCUUUAUUAGAAGGAACUUCUGUGGCUAUGCAGAAAUAGAAAUUGAACCAAAAAAAAAAAUCAUUUAAACCUUAAAAAUAUUUUAAAUGGACUUUGGGCAGACAUUUUGUGUGUGCUGAGAAUGAAUUGUAGUGCCCUUUAAUUUCCCUAUGUAAAUACAUAUGGUGAUAGGGAUCAACUUGACAUGAUUUUGAAACUACAUAAAGUAGACUAGAACUAGAGGAAAGCUCAGGCUGCAUUAGAGUAUGAUUUAGCAUUGGGAAAAGCCCUUAUUCUUGAAUCUAGAGUUACUAUUUUUGUAUAUAUUUGCAUAGUGUUUAAACUUGCAGCCUAAACUACUGAAAUUUGUGAUUGUAUGUUGAUGUGAGCUUCAGUUUAAUGAAAGAUUCAUAAUGGUUCUUUGUAUUAUUAUAAUACUUGGUGUUUGGGUUUUUUUUUUUUUU